AUGCCCUCGUUCCAAAAAGCAGCAGCUUUGCUCGCUGCUGCCACCGGGGGCUACGGCCGAGCACUCGACAGCAUCUACCACGAUGGAGAGAACAUUGCACCAUGCAGCUCCGUACUGUACUGCCAUGGCGAGAUUCUGGAUGCCGUCCAGAUGGCCAAGCCAUUCGCCGACUCCAAGACCUUUGUGGACAUGCCAACAAAGGUGCCACUGCGGGACCUGCAAUCCGCGUAUGACCAGCUUACGAAGCCACUUCAUAACAACACCGAGCUUCUGGACUUCCUGGGGGACAACUUCGGUCCUGCCGGGCAGGAGGUGAUACCCGUAGACCCAGGGUCUCUGUUCGUCAAUGCGAGCUUCCUUGACGGGAUCGAAAAUGCCGUGAACAGGGAGUUCACCGAGGCCGUCAUCAAGCUGUGGCCAAACCUGACGCGGUCGGUCAACGAGUCCGCCAUCUGCCCCGGGUGCGAGAGAAGCCUGCUGUCCAUCAAGCGACCGUUCGUCGUCGCCGGUGGGCGCUUCCGGGAGCCAUACUACUGGGACUCGUACUGGAUCCUCCACGGGCUGCUCCGGAGCGGUGGCGAUUUCAUAGCGAUUGCGAGAGACCAGAUCGAGAACUUUUUGGAUUUUGUCGCGGACUAUGGGUUUGUACCAAACGGGGCUAGGGUUUACUAUCUCAACCGCUCGCAACCGCCGUUGUUGGCGCAGAUGGUCAGGAUAUACCUGGAGCAGACGGGAGAUACAAGCAUACUUGAUCGUGCGGUCCCCCUGCUUAUCAAAGAGCAUGACUUCUUCAUGUCCAACCGGACUGUCCAGGUCCCCAUUGAGGACAAGAACCACACACUGAAUCGAUACAAUGUCGCCAACACAGAACCUCGGCCAGAGUCGUACUUUGAGGACUAUACACAGGUCAACAACGCGUCCUAUCACGCAAUCGACGGCAGGAUAAUCCCGGCCAGAAACACCACCCAAGCAGAGAAGGACCUACAGUACAGCAAUCUCGCAUCGGGCGCCGAGUCCGGCUGGGACUAUACAGCGCGGUUCAUGACGGACCCAAACAUUGCUGCCAACAACACCUACUUCCCGCUGGCUUCCUACAACAUCAUCAACAUAGUCCCUGUGGAACUGAACGCGAUCCUGUAUUGGAACGAGGUCACCAUCGCCGGGCUCCUGCGCCGACAGCAGGCGCACAACGACACUGCAAAAGCCGAAGCAGACGAAUGGGACGCCCGGGCCGCGUCCCGCAGCGAGGCUAUGCACGCGGUGAUGUGGAACGAGACCCUGGGCAGCUACUUCGACUUCAACCUGACGUCCGGCGCGCAGGACGUGUUCUGGGCGCGGGAUGCAGACUCGCUCCCCUCAGAGCAGGCGCCGGGCGGGGCGAACCAGCAGGUCGUCUUCAACAUCGGGCAGCUGUUCCCCUUCUGGACGGGGGCGGCGCCUCGGUCCGUGGCCGGGGACCCGGCCGUCAUGAGAAGGGUGUUCUCGCGCGUGGACGAGUACCUCGGCUCGCGGAAGGGAGGGAUCGCGCCGACAAACUUCGUAUCGGGGCAGCAGUGGGACCAAUCCAACGUGUGGCCGCCGCACAUGCAAGUCCUCAUGGAGGCGCUCCUACGGACGGCGGGCGAGGCCGUUGAGGAUGGUGACGGCGCCGGCAGUAGCGAGGAGUGGGCAUGGGCACACGACCUGGCGCUGAGGAUAGGGCAGAGGUAUUUUGACUCGGCGUAUUGCACCUGGCGCGCCACAGGCGGCGGGACCCCGAGCGCGCCCCCACUGCCCAACCCGCUGCAGAACCUCGGCGGGCAGAUGUUUGAGAAGUACUCGGACCAGUCGCUCCACGAGGCUGGCGGCGGCGGCGAGUACACGGUGGCCGUGGGCUUUGGAUGGUCCAACGGGGCGCUGAUCUGGACGGCCGAUACGUUCCGCGACCAGCUGCAGACACCCGUGUGCGACGACCUCUUCGCCACGGACGGGCCCGGUACCAGAGCGAGGAGGCUGGGCAAGCGUGGUGAGCACGGCGAUGGCGCCAAUGCCGCCAGCGCAGUGGAGCUUGAUUACUUCGACGCGACUUGGACGAGUGAGAACGUUGGGGGCCUCCGGCCUGUCAAUUAG